GAAAAAGAUCCAAAGCCCAUAGUUAUAAUUGCAGCCACUCACUGGAAAAAAAGGAGCAGACAGUUUAAGGAUAAAAAGAAAAUGAUGAAGAGCCUGCAGUGUCAGUUACCAAAGUCAUCUCGCUUAUCACAGUAUAUCGAAGAGAAUAGCGUUUACUGUGUAGAUUUUAUGUUACCUCUCAAGGAUUUGGAAACAAGCCUUUUCAACAUAGCCUCCAAUCAACGAUGGAGAGAAAAAAUUCCGGAAGAGUGGUGUUCUUUUGGGAUAGAAAUCUAUCAGGACAAACGUUCAAAGAGAAUCCAGAAGACCUCAGAAAUAACCCAAGUACAAGAAAUUAAAAGUAAAGAACAGAGAGGCCCCGGUAAAAUUGAGAUUUGAAAGGAAAUCCUAGAUAUGCUACGAUAUUAUCACGAUGCUGGAAAAGCUUUAUAUUUUAAUGAAAACGGUCUGAAGGAAGAAAUGAUUAUUGACGUACAAUGGUUUAUUGACGCUUUCAAACAUAUCAUCACAGACGAGCUACAUUUCAGAGGAAUUCCUGGGACUCAGAGGGAGUGGAAUGAAUAUUACAAAACUGGAAAUUUGCAAGACGACCUUUUGUUAGAGAUCUGGAGACAUAAAGACGAAGAAUUGUUUGAUUACUUAAAGAAAGAUACGAACUACCGUAUUAGAGACGCGUCUUUUGAGAAAGAUGAACUAUAUUUACAAUAUCAUAAAAAAUCACUUCUCAAUUUUAUGCAGAGACUUGGAUUACUGGCUGCUGGUGGAGAAUCCCACUAUGUCCCGUGCAUGAAUCGUAAAGAAAUAGAAAAAGAAUUUCUGGACCUCAUCAAAGAAUCGAAGAGUAAAUCAUCUGUCCUUAUUUAUCAGUUUGAAUUUCUGCCAUUUUUCUUGUUCUUUCGUCUUGUUGUUGCUUGUAUGCAAGAAGAUGGUUGGAAUGUUCUAGGAAAUCGAGGAACAUCUUGCCUCUACAAAAAUGCUGCUUUGUUUUCGUAUAUAGAAAACAACAUUGUUUUAUCCGUCACUGAAGAAUCUAUACAACUUCAGGUGUUUUGUCCGAUACAAGGACGUCCUUUGGAAACAGAAAAAACAUGCAUUAUUCAAGGAAGAAUAGAAGAGCUGUUAAAUCAUUUAGCAGGAACUUUUCAGAGAAAAAUACAGUAUGUAAGAGGCUUUAAACGUCGAACAGACAAAGAAGAAGUGAUUUCUAUCGAUAUAAAGGAGCAUUUCUUACCUGCAAAAGACAUUCCUGAUAGAGUCAUUCAAAUGGUGUGUCCUUUGCAUUCGAUUAAUGAUCGGCAUAUCAUUGAUAUCACUGAACUUACCAAAUAUUGGAAACUGUAGAGAAAGACAUCGCCCAAUUGUAACAAAUUGAAAGAAUUCCAAACGUUGCAUUUUCGAAUACUUCAUAAAAUUAUGGUCUUCGUAUACAUGUUUUUCCCGUUUUGUCUAAGGUUCGAAAAACUUUUUGAAUGCUUUUAUAUUUGAUUGUCUUGCAUGUUUUGCUCACUCAUUUGAGAAUGAAAUUUUGCUUAGAAUGUGCAUCUUUAUGUAUAUUGGCAUUCAGUGUUUUGGUAUAUCAUUAGCAGUUUAAUCUCCAAUUACUCAUCACUAAGAAUCCGUACAAUUACAUGAACUGUGUUUUUUAUAUUUUAAGUCUUCUAGAUUAGCGCAAUAUGUUUACCGAUGUAUUUUGGAUUAUUUGUUAUUCUUACUUACUAUUUUACUAUUGUACAGAGUGUACUUUCAUUAUGCUAAAAUCUACAUAUUUAUACAAUGUGUAAAUUCGGUACUGAUAAAAGUGAUAUGUACCAAAAAAAACGAGAUUUUUUAUACAAAUAAACUAGGAAUGCCUGCA